UACACACACGCGCGGGGUACAAAACAGCAGUGAAACGUCGCACUGACAGUGCCAACAGGCAGCAGGCUGGGACAGGACGGGUGAUUGUUUUUCUCCCCUACAUGGCACACUGGGCUUGACCACCGUGUGGCAAAAGUUGCGAGCAUCCCUCCCCGCGGGAACCGAAACAAGCAUCCGCGGAACACGGAACACCGUCGUGGCCCUCCCGGGGCACCUGUAGUGGGAAGGGGAAUUUCGGUCGUGCCGUGCCGUGCCGUGUAUGUGUGUAUGUGCGACAGUUCCCGAUUUUUCCCUUUCAUUUUUCGCCGUCACCGUGAGAGCGCACACACGGGGAACUACCUGUCUCGAUUCGCUUGUGUGCGUGUGUGUCGUGCAUACACACCGAGACGUGCGUGCGUGUUCGACUGUCCCUCCCGCAAACCCGCGCGGGCACAUUGGCAAAGAACUGCAUUCGUGUCACGGUUACGGUACGAUCCGCGGGUCUCCGUCUAAUCCUCCAGUACGCACACGCACACACACAGACAGACAUCCACUACAGGAACCGUCCGUCCACCAGCGGGAUCAUAAUUCCGUACGAAGCAAGAAGUUUGGCAGGUUUUGGGGGGUGGGCAAAGAGUUACAAUUUACCAACCAGUAACAACAACAACAGUGCAAUUCAGUGCAACUCGCGUGUAUGUGUGCGUGUAUCAGUGUGUGUGUUUGCCUGCGUGUGCCCUACGGAAGUAGGCUGGUUGGAUGCCAUCAAACACCACCCCGAACCCACCACAGCAUCCGCCCGACCGUGUGUGUGAAGACUUGAAACCAUCGCUCCCCACCCCUUCACAGCCAGUUCCACCGUCACACAACCGGAGAAAGGAGAGUGAAAUCCGGGAGUGAGCGAGACGCAACACGCAGUGUGUGUAAGUGAGUGAGUGAUCGCCCGAGAAGUGGACCGACCGAUCGACCGACCACCAGCCGCCAGUCUCAGUGUGCUGCACGUUCCUGGUGCGACUUUGGAUGGAACGUGCAACCCAUCACGAAACUGAGAAUCACUGAACAAGGGACAACGUGUGGAAGCUCUUGCGUGGUGUGUGAUUAGCGGAGAGAAUGAUUCUACGAAGCGUACGGCUCCAUUCAGCGUAGAAGUUCCGGUUCCUGGUGUGUCAUCCCCCUCCCCGCCCGCACCCCCUUCUCUGUCUCACACGCCGAAUCACGCGCCGCGCGAUGGACAAUCGGCUCAACAUUGGGUCGGAGGUGCGUGAGCUCAAGCUCGGCUCGACCUUCUCCAACGCCGGACCGUCGAACCAGUUUCACACGAUAAAAUAUGAUUUCAAACCGGCUAGCGUCGACGUGAACAAACCGGCGGUGCUGGAAAUUAGUGCCAACAAGCAGGUCACCGUUACCGUGCCGCACCUGGAUGGUUCCGGUGUGCCGAAUACCGUCUUCAAGGGCAACCAGCGCGACUACUCGCGGAAGGACUGCGUGCUCAUACUGAACCGGGCGACCGGGGAGAUAACGCUCGAGCAGCUCAACAGCAGCAUCGUGGUGAAGAAGACGAGGAUCGAAAACAAGGCACCGAAUCCACCGCCGCCCACACUGCCAACGAUCAAGGUCGAAAACAACACCGCACGCCAGAGCUCCAAGACGAAGAUUACGACCGGCGUGCGGAAGAAUGCGCCGAUCAGCUUCAUGCCAAAGCACUCGCCACUGCAGGGUUCGCCGUCCUAUCCGCACCGGAGUCCCCAGUCGGCCCCGGCCUGGAACGCCAACAAUACUCAACAAACCUUGCCAAGUAUUCCGAUGAUCGGGCUGGACGAUGGGCUGGAUUUCGGUACCGUGGCACCGCCGCCGCCGUCCUCCUCGUCCUCCUCCUCCUCCGCCUCUGCCAAUGCGUCGUCGGGUGCGAGCAUGAACAAUCAUCUGAACAACAACCUCGGCGGCAAUUCCAACUCGAACCACGGCAGCAGUAGCAACAACCACCACCAGCAUCAGCAGCAGCAGCAGCAGCACCAUAACCAACAUAGUAACAAUAGCAGUAGCAGUAGUAGUAGUAGCAGCAGCAGUAGUAGUAGCAAUGUCGGCAACAAUCACAGCGGCAGCAAUAGCGGUGGCUACCUUAAUCACGGUUCGACACAGAACAACAACAGCAGCAACAACAACAACAACAAUCACCAUGGCAGUAGCAGUGGUAACAACCACCACCAUCACAGUAACCAUCUCAGCGUACCGUCGUACGGUGGGCAAGGUGGGGGACGGAACCAUCUACACAGCGAACCGUCGUUGCCACCCAGCGUGGAAGUGAGUUUGCCGCCCGAUCGGGAACUGUUGGCGCCCCCGGUCGCCCUGACCGGCAUCGGUGUUGGAGCGACGAGCGAUCCGGAAAUGAUGACAUCCUCGGAGUCGGACGGUUCGGACGAUUCGGACUCGAGCAGCAGCGACCAGGAAUCGGACAGCUCGACCGAGGACAACAACGAUUCGCCAGUGAAGGAGUCCAUUUUUGAUCCACGGCCCGACCCGACGGUUGCCGUCACGGCCGCCGCAGUAGAUCUGAGCAAGGACCUUUGCCUGUCCUCCAACUCCGAUUCGGACGACUAAAGCCUGACGAGAAACUCACAGCACAGUCACACACACACGCGUACGGUCAGCAGAUGGGCGUUUGAGAUGAAAGGAACGAGCGGGCUAAGAGGAAAACGAGGAAACGAGAAAAUUUGGCUACCGCAACGAGCGCAAAGAAGAGAAACGAGAGACAGAAAGUAAUAGAUGUUAAAAGUUAUGUAAA